AUGAAAAACAUUCUGUCGCAUCAAUCUACUUGUCAAUUGACGUCAAGUAUGAAGAUAGUUGCUUGGUGUUUAUGGGUCGUUUUGUGGAGUUUUGAACAGGUAUCAGGUUUAUCAUACAAUCAACCAAAAUUAGAUCCAUAUGCUACUUGGAAUCCCAAUGCAAUUCUAUUCACUAAUUCAAGUAUGGUUGGUGCCAAUCCUCGUGGUCUUUUCAUCGAUAGCAAUGACUCGAUCUAUGUCGUCGAUCAAACAAAUAAUCGAACUGUAGUCUGGAUGAAUGGGUCGUCGAUUCCUACUACAACGAUAUAUGGUAAUAUGGGCAAACCAAUGUGCAUCUUUGUUACAAGCAAUGGUGAUAUUUAUAUUAGUGACUAUACUGCAAAGAGCCAAACUAGUCGAUGGUCAUUGAAUGCAAAUGGUAGUAUCCCUGUCAUGUAUGGUAGUUCCUCAUGUUAUGGACUGUUUGUUGAUACGAAUGACACUCUAUACUGUGCAUUAUACAGUGAGCAUAAAGUUGUGAAGAAGUGGUUAGGUGACAAUGGAUCCGCAAUAACAAUAAUCGCUGGGAAUGGAUCAAGUGGAUCUGGAUUGAAUCAGCUUAAUAAUCCUUGUGGAAUCUUUAUCACUAUUGAGUUUGAUUUGUAUGUCGCUGACUAUCAAAACAAUCGAAUUCAACUCUUUCGACAUGGCGAAACAAAUGGAACAACCGUAGCAGGAAGUUCAUCAUUAAAUCUUACGAUUGCACUUUCGGGACCAAAUGCGGUUAUUUUAGACAUUGAUGGCUAUUUGUUCAUCACUGAAUAUUCCAAUAAUCGUGUUGUUGGCUCAGGUCCAAAUGGUUUCCGAUGUUUACUUGGAUGUACUACUAUGGGGGGUAUAGUCACUAAUCAGUUAUCGCAUCCGUGGAAUUUAGCAUUUGAUAGUCGCGGAAAUCUGUAUGCAAACGAAUGGGCCACCAGUCGUAUUCUGAAAUAUGUUUUAUUGAACAACACUUUGGCCAAAUCAUAUAAUCAACCAACACUGCCUACAAAUGCCAUUUGGGACGUGAAUGGGAGCAUAUAUGCUAACGCAACCAUGACUGGUGGAAUUCCUUCAAACAUUUUCAUAGAUACAAACGACUCCAUUUAUAUCGUUAAUCAGCAAAAUGGUGAAAUUCAGCUUUGGUCUAAUAAUACACUGAACCGAAAAUACACAAUAUCAGGUAGUCCUUUGAAUAUCAGUUCCAUCUUCGUUGCUACCAAUGGCGAUAUUUAUAUCGGUGAUAGUACUUCGAGUGGUUUGGUCAGUAGAUACAAUAUGGCUGCUAACACUAGUAUUUCCAUCAUGUCAGUUUCUUCAUCAUGUAGCUGUCUGUUCAUUGAUGCUAGUGAUGCAUUAUACUGUUCACUGUGGAAUCAAAAUCAAGUUGUAAAGAAGUGGCUAGGUGAUAGUUCAAUGAUAGCGACAACGGUGGCUGGAGAUGUCAAUGGCACUAAUGGAUCUUCUUCAUAUCGUCUUUGUGGCCCACGCGGAAUCUUUGUGAACCAUCAGUUUGACUUAUACGUAGCUGAUUCUGUCAAUGAUCGAGUUCAGCUCUUUCGAUUGGGCCAAUCGAAUGCAAUAACUAUUGCAGGAAAUACUACGAUCAAUGUUACAAUAUCACUCAAUAAACCAACUGGAAUAGUGCUCGAUAUUGACAAUUAUUUAUUCAUUGUGGACAGCAACAAUAAUCGGAUAGUCAGAUCUCAACCAAAUGGGUUUUCGUGUAUUAUGGGAUGUUCUGGUGGUGGAUCAUCGAUAAAUCAACUAUUGCAACCACAGAGAAUGGCUUUUGACAGUUAUGGAAAUAUUUACGUUGCCCAUACAGGAAACACUCGUAUCCUACAGUUUUUUCUGUUAAACAAUUCAAUUGAUACCACAACUCUAGCUGCUCCUAUGACAACAACCCAGGAAGAAGUAACGUCGAAAAUAACUUCAACAAUGGUUCAAACAAGUACAGGAGUGUUAAGUACCACCUCAGAAAUAAAAUCGUCAAGUACGCAAGUGUCCGACAUAUCAACAUCACAUAACGCAGAAGUAACAAGCACCGCAUUACUAACCAAUCCGCCGCCAACACUAAGUACGUUCACAACGACAAUAACUCUCCAGCAACUGACAUCAAAUAAAAGUACGUUUUUUCUAUCUUGUACAGACAGAGUAGCAGCUAAACACUCAAUUGAAACGACAACAGAAAUCCCAACAACAACAACAGCAGCACAAGGCCAAAUCACAUCGAAUAUACAAAGCACAACAGUAUCGAGUACAGGAAUGACACGAAACACUUCAUUACCAAUGAGCAUACUCACAGCGACAACAAGUCUCCAGCAACCGACAUCAAAUCAAACUGGAGGUUGUUAUCCACCCAAUGUCACGCUCACUCCCAGCAGAUCACCCUUACAAUAUCGUCGUAGUCAAGACAUCUCUAUCACCUCGUUCAUCGACAUCCAUUGCAAUCGCUCCUUCACCGUCACAACUCAAUGGAGUAUCAGCAACUAUUCAAUCACUUCAACUAUCGACACUCAGUCAAGUGAAUUGUUCAUUCCAGCGAAAACGCUGCCAUAUGGAAUCUACCAGAUGGAUCUUACAGUCACCAUUCUUCAUCUGUCAACAUCGACAUCAUCUGUUGUUGUUGAAAUCAUUUCAUCAAACAUCAUAUCGAAUCUGAUUCAAUAUGGAACAUCCAUGAUCACUCAAGGCAUCCAUCAAGAUCUUUGUUUGAAUCCAGGAAGUCAUUCGGUUGAUCCCGACCAAGAUAUUUUCAAUGCUAGUGAAUGGACAUAUAAAUAUUAUUGUCGAGUGUUUGAUGUAUCAGAAUUUCCUACAUUGCAAGGAUCACUGUUAACAAUUGAUGAUAUGAGAAAUGAUUCAGCAAAUCCAUCAUGUUUAUCGAAUCGAACAGGAUGGAGAUUUGACAAUGCCAUCAAUUCAUCAUUCACCAUUCUCAGUGGUUCUCUUCGAUCCAAUCGGACAUAUCAGUUCAUGGUUGCGAUGCAAAACAUUCCGAAUCCAUCCAAACAAGUCACAGGUUAUCUCCUUGUCAACGUCGAAGAUGUUGAUUCACCAAUGAUUGUCAUUGGUUGUGUGAUCUCGCAAAUGUGCAUUUCGAAUGUUGAAUAUCAGCUGGUGAAUCCAACAACUGCACAGCUUGCUUUGUUUUCCAUGUGUGUUGGAAACUGUUCAAUGGUGCAAAGUGUGCAGUGGAAGAUCUAUCGCGGAGAAAGAAAUGCAUCGUCCAACGUCACACAGUGGAGUUUGUUCAAUCAAACCGACCUGUAUGAGAAUAUCUGGUUCUUCGGUCGAAACACUCGAAAUUUGACAAUCAUCAACGAAGUUUUUUUGUCUUAUUCUCAGUAUUCAUAUUGGAGAUUUCAAGUUGAUUAUGAGUUCGGAUCUGUGAGAAGAAGUUCCAGUGCACUGAAUGUCGUUCUCAAUCAACCACCUGUCAACGGGUCAUGUUUGAUCGAUCCAGUGAAUGGUACAACCAGUACAUUGUUUAAUGUGAACUGUAUGAAUUGGGUAGACAAUGAUGGAAUCAAAGACUAUUCACUUUAUGUUUCCACAAGCAAUCAGUCGAAAGAAGUUCUCGUUGCAUAUUCAUUUAUUUCGACAUUUGCAGUUCGAUUUACAUCAGGUGAUGAACCAUCUAAUGAACUUCAUGUGAUUGUUCAUGUUCGUGAUCAGUUUGAUUGUUUCACUGAGUUUCAUUUGUCAUCAACAAUUGUUGUGCAAGCAGAUGUAACUGAAAUGAACAGAUUCAUGGACGAAAUUCAAAAUUCAUCAAGUCAACUUGUCAACAAUCCAUAUGUUGAAUUACUUCGAAGUGAAAAUCAAAACGUCGUUGGUCAAGUGCUGAGUUUGUUUUCAAAUGAACUGAAUAAAAUCAAUGAAGAAACCAUCGCUGAAGCAGUUGCAAAUGGAAUCUCAUCAACAGAUAUUUCAGUUUCAUCACUACAAACAUUGUCGAAAUCAUUGAAUACAUCAUCAUUAUCAUGGAGUGAAUACGAAAAACAAGUGAAUUAUUAUGCAAAUGUUCGAGAAUAUCUCAUUGGAUUUGUUGCCAAUCUUGCCAUCACAACAUCGAACAGCAUCGAACUACAAUCGUCAACAUUGUCACAAUUGACAAAAUCAACAAAUCAGCUGACACGAAACACUCUGGGAAUGGCGAUGGAUCGAUGCUAUGAGUUGAGUGAAUCUUUGUGUUCAAUGUCAACACGCAUCUCAUCUGAACAAACACAAACAAUCGCCAGUUAUUUAGUUCAAUGUGCAACAAAUCUUAUGACAGGUGUAAACGGUGCAUUGCAAGAGAGAAUGAAUGUGUUGGAUGUUGAUUUUGAUCGUGCAACACAAUUUCCAAUUGAUUAUGACACCGAUGUGGAAUCGGAAUGGUCAAAUCUGAAUUUAUUUGCUAAUGGGAAUGACUUUUCGUGGUCGACAAUCGAAAAGAAUCGAAAUCUGUAUUAUCAACAACAAUUGGCAAAUGAAAUUCGAAUGAAAACGAAUGCGAUGAUGUUGAUGAUAAGUUCAUCAUUGGAUAUGCAGCUGAAUGUGGAACAACAGUUUGUUGUGAACACAUCGGAAGUGUUCAUGUCACAAGAGAAAACAUCGCUUGCAUCGUUAUUUCACAAACAGAUCAAUCAGAGUGAAAAUAGUCACAUUCGUUUUCCAUCAACAGUACAAACAAAUCUCAAUGAAAAUCAAACGAUUUCACUUCGAACACUAAUUCAACCACUGGCAUCUUUUGACAGAUCAACCGAAUCUCUGACGAAUCUGUCAAGAUCAGUUUCGUUGACAAUUGUUGAUGAGAAUGGUGAAGAAGUGAAAACAGAAACGGAUGAAGAUCAUCUGAUUGAGAUCAUCAUUCCACGAGAUCCUCAAUUCGUGUUACCACCGAUGACACUCUACAAUGUGACAUCAUCCACAACUAACUCAACUCAACACCAUCACCAAGUGUUCUUUUAUCAUUAUGUAAACAUCACAAGUUCACUACCGAUCUCGGUUCAUAUGGAAAUUCAUCCGUUGGACGUGAAUAUCUCAUAUUUGUUGAUCUAUAAGUUGGAUGGUAUUCCACAAGUGAACAGCUCAAUGAAGAACAUCGAUGGAUGGACACUGCUGUGUGCUGGUGAUUAUUCGAUGACGAAUGAGAGUGUGUAUGGGUAUUUCAUUGAUAAUGAGCAGACAGUUGGUCAUUCGUCGAUGGUGAUUGGUUUACGAGAAGUGGAGGAUGACGUAUAUUGUUCGAACACGUCCUUGAGAAAUGAAUUGCCGAUAACAGAUGAUGUGUACAGCUUUCGAUCAGAUUAUGAGAUGCGAGUGUAUUCGUCUGGUUGUUAUUAUAUGGAUGAAGAGAGUGGUGAAUGGAAGGGGAAUGGAUUGAAAGUUGGUGCAUCAACAAACCACUAUGAAACACAAUGUUUGUCGAAUCAUUUAUAA